UGCAUCAUACCACGUAUUUCCUACCAUAGCAAAUUUAAUCUGUUUCUUUGCACCCUGCUGAAAGUCCAGAAAGCAACUGCCCUUCCACCGCUGAGUCGUUAACAACACCUGCAGCCAUGUCGGACGAUGAGAUGGAAGAUUAUGGUUUUGAGUACUCGGAUGAAGACCCCGAGGAGGAGGAUGUUGACAUUGAGAACCAAUAUUACAAUGCCAAGGGCUUGCUUGAGAGCGAAGACCCUCGAGAAGCAAUCGAUGGGUUCAAGCAGGUCGUUGACAUGGAGCAGGAGAAGGGCGAAUGGGGCUUUAAAGCUCUCAAGCAGCUGGUCAAGCUGCACUACAAACUUGGGCAGUACGGCAAGAUGAUGGAUUCGUACAGGCUCAUGUUGUCGUACGCCGAUGGCGCAGUGACCCGCAACGCGAGUGAGAAGAAAAUCAACAGCCUGUUGGACUUCAUGGGGGGCGCCAGUGACACGCAGGUGCUCCAGGAGUUCUACGAGGCCACCCUAACCGCCCUGGAGAAGGCCAAGAACGAGCGGCUGUGGUUCAAGACGCAGCUCAAGCUGGCCAACCUGUGGUUCCGAAAGCAGGAGUUCGGGCGCAUGAGCCGCAUCAUACGCGAGCUGCACAGGUCCUGCCAGCGCGAGGACGGCAGCGAGGACCCCAAGAAGGGCACCCAGCUGCUGGACGUGUUGGCGCUGGAGAUACAGAUGGCCACCGAGCAGCGCAACCCCAAGCGCCUCAAGCGCCUCUACCAGCGCGCGCUCACCGUCAAGAGCGCCAUCCCGCACCCGCGCAUCAUGGGUAUCAUCCGGGAGUGCGGCGGAAAGAUGCACAUGCACGACCAGCUGUGGAGCGAGGCGGCAACAGACUUCUUCGAGGCCUUCAAGGCCUACGACGAGGCGGGAGUGGGUCGGCGGGUGCAGUGCCUCAAGUACCUGGUGCUGGCCAACAUGCUCAUGGAGAGCCGGGUGGACCCCUUCGAUGCGCAGGAGGCCAAGCCGUACAAGCAGGACCCGGAGAUCGUGUCCAUGACCAACCUGGUCGCCGCAUUCCAGCACAACGACAUCACCGAGUUUGAAAAGAUCCUUCGAACCAACAAACGCACCAUCAUGGACGACCCCUUCAUCCGCAACUACGUGGAGGACCUGCUGAGGAAGAUCCGCACGCAGGUGCUGCUCAAGAUGAUCCAGCCCUACACACGAGUGCGCAUCCCCUUCAUUGCCGCCAAGCUCAACAUCCCCGCCCCCGAUGUGGAGCAGCUUCUGGUGUCGCUCAUACUGGAUGGGCGCGUGGCGGGAACCAUUGACCAGGUGAACCAGAUCCUGGAGGUGGGCGGGCGUCAGGAGGGCGCCCGGCGCUACACCGCGCUCGACAAGUGGGCGGCGCAGGUGGCCUCGCUGCAUGCGGCCGUGCAGAACAAGCUGACCGUGAAUGUGGCGUGAGGAGGAGGGAAGGGGGUAGGGGUGGGCGGGCGGGUGGUGGUGGAGGAAGGGGAGGUGGAGUUGGCUGGCAGAGGGAGUGAGGGGAGGUGCAUGCGUUGCUGUGAUGCCGCAUGGCGUUGUGCGUUGUGCACGCGUUGCAAGGGGGGCGGAGGGUAGAGGGCGACGAUUUGCGGGAGGAGGAAGUGGAAGAGGGUGGUUAGGAAGGGUGGUUAGUAGUUCGUUGAUUGGAGGGGAUUGGUGGGGAUCGAGAGAGAGCAGUUGGAUUUUGUGUGUAGGAGCGAGUGCAGGAGUAGCAGGAGAGGCUGUAGCAGCCGAUAAGGAUAGACAGUUGUAGCUGAGCGCAAAGGGCGGGGGGUUGGAGUUUUAUACGCAAGAAGAAAAGAGUGGUGUAGCAGGGGCAAAAGCAUAUACGCAGGCAUUGCACGCUCUGCAGGCGUUUUGUUGUUCAACGGGGUCCCAUCACGUUAAGCGCAGUGUAGGGUACGCUGUUAGAAUGCGAAGGUUACAAAGGGGAACCGGAGCUCCUGGAAGCCGUACAAGAGACCCAAUCGCUGUUAGCCCCCGUUAACGGACGACAGGGGCUAGCUUUUUCGGAUGAAAGGAGGCUGUCCUUGUGCUUUGAUCGAGGAUAGAGUCCAGGAAGCAAAGACAUUUCGUUCUGUUUUGCCGGGCUGCAGGUCAGGGCACAUACGUAAAGCCAUGGCCUGUGUAGCUCGCUCCUUCAGCAA